AUUAAAUAUUCUAACGAAACAAAUAGAAAAUUCAUCGAAUAUUCUAGAAUAAGUUGAUUUCGCGCAAUGAAUCGACCGGAAAUGGACUACUAUGCCGUUCUGGAUAUGCCCAGAUCGGCCACUAAAGAAGAAUUGGCCCUGGCCUAUCGCCGUUUGGCUGUGCGUUUGUGUCCCUAUAGAGAGAAACAACAUGAGCAGGAUUUAGUGCCAUUGGCCCAGGAGGGACGGCUCACUCAUCUCGCGCCCAUGGGUGAGGCGAAGCAGUGGGCCUAUAUCAAUAUGGCCUAUGAUGUCCUGGGCAAUGAGCUUAACAGAGCCGUUUACGAUAGAUAUGGUGAAGCUGGACUCUUUGAGGGUGUAAUGUUGCCGAAUGGUUACUUUCAUCCCUACCAAUACCAUGGUGAUCACAUGAAGGUUUACUCCAAUGUCUUUGCCUCAUACUCUCCAUAUGCGAAUGUCAUCGAUGCUAUUACUAAUCCACCCAGUUUAUAUGCAUCCCGAGAGCACGGCAUUGGAGUACGCACCAAAGAUCCAAAUACUGAAAGGAUUUUGCCCUUGUCCCUCGAAGAAGUGCGCUCCGGGUGCCUAAAGUUGAUGCAUGUGUGGCGUCAAGAGAUUGUAGAUGCAAAGGCAUCGAAAAUGGAAAAACGUAGGCGCACGCUCAAGAUUCAAAUUUACCCGGGCACUACGGCCGGCACACGUUACUGUUUCAAGGAGGAGGGCGAUCGCUAUCCGACUAGCAUACCGGGUGAUAUUAUUUUCAUUACGGCUGAUAAGCCACAUCCAGAAUUCGAGCGCCGUGAUAUGCAUGAUUUGGUAUAUCGCUAUGACAUUAAUAUAUCGCAGGCCCUAACCGGAUUUAGUUUCAUGCUCAAUACGCUGGAUAAACGCAAGCUAAAAAUUGUCAUUACCGAUGUUGUCUAUCCGGGAUAUACUAAGAUUAUUCCUUUAGAGGGUUUACCCAAGUGCCGCAAUUUGGAUGCUGCCAAUGCCAUUAAGGAGGCAAAUACAAGUAUCAAUGAGUUUGGUGAUCUAUAUAUUGAAUUUAAUUAUAUAUUUCCGAAAUACUUGACUCCCGCCAUGAAGAGUAUGACGCGAGAGUUUUUUGCCGAGUUCCGUAAACUGGAGUUGGAAUUAGAGGAGGAGGAGGAAAAGCAAUUCCAAUAGAAUUUAAUAAAUUGAUUAAAAUAAAAAUACGUUUUAAAUUGUUAGUGCAAAA